CCGCCCCCCUUUCCGCAGGUGCAACUCGGCAGCAGUCUAGUCGCGAAGAUUGUGCUUGCAUUGACCAGAAUUUCGACAUCCACAAUGGCAACAGAGAAGGUGGAAACUGCUCCAGAAGCUGCCCCAGCCGCCCCCAAAAAGGCUGCAGCUAAACCGGCGGCUGUUGAAGGAGCCAAGAAGAAGAAAAAGAACAAGGGUGGCAAGAAGGGGCAGCCUGGCAAAUACAGCCAGUUGGUUAUCGACGCCGUCCGCACACUCGGUGAGAAAAAUGGCUCGUCCUUGGUCAAAAUCUACAAGGAAGCCAAGAAAACCGAUUGGUUCGACCAGCAGAACGGGAGGAUGUAUCUGAGGUAUUCGGUGCGAGCACUGCUGCUGAAUGACACGCUAAUUCAAGUCAAGGGGACGGGGGCGAACGGCUCGUUCAAACUCAACAAAAAGAAGUUCGAGAAGAAGGCUGCUGCUGCUAAAAAGAAGACCGUCGCCAAACCCGCCAAGGCAGCUAAACCAGCAGCCAAGAAGACGGCAAAGCCUGCGAAGAAGACUGCGAAGCCUGCGAAAAAAGCCAGCGCAAAAGUGACGCCCAAGAAAAAAGUCGCCAAAAAACCUGCCGCCAAGAAACCAGCCGCCGCCAAGAAGCCCGCAGCAGCGAAGACUGCACCCAAGGCAAAGAAAGCGCCGGCGAAGAAGGCAACGGCAAAGAAGACAAAGAAGUGAACCCGAGGAGGGUGAAAUGAACUGAUGUGUAUAUAUAGGUUUACUUGUUCUUGCUAUUAUUGUUUUUGUAAAUAUAUUUUUGUAAAAAAAAAAAGAGAGAGAGAGAAAAUCCGGUUUUCGUUGUUGGACAUUACGUCGCGCGAGUAUUGAUUCCAGAUGGCCUUAAUAUUCUCAUGAUAAAGAAAAGUGUCUUGUAUACCGGUAGCUUUCGUCCUUUUGUUUUUUUAAGUGACUGUGUUACGCGAUAAACGAUCUGUACCCCCUCUUUAUUUUCGUUAAACAGUGCCAUUUGGUAUAUGAACAACUCGAAUUGUGAAUAAAUUCGACAACUUUCUA